AAGUAUAAUUUCUUAAUUUGUUCUGUUAAAAGAAGUACAAUAGCAGCAGAACAAUAUAAAACUGAAACAAUCUCAGUUAGCUUUUGUGAAACGCUAAAAUAUUAUGGAAGAGGAGCGAGAGAGGAGAAAAGCUUAUGCUUCGUGCAUGCUUUGUCGGCCAUUCCUAAAACAAUAUCUCUCUCUCUCUCUCUCUCUCUCUCUCUCUCUCUCUCUCUCUCUCUCUCUCUUCCAGAUUCACACAAAGUAGGAUCUUCUGAAACAUUCUGUAGGGUGACAAAAUGAAUGAACACUUGGCUUUUUAUCCUUUAAAAUUAUCUUUAGAAAGGUGGCAAUGCACUGCAAUGAUGCACCACUCUUUCUUUUCAACCAUAAACAUCCAAUGAAUUUUCCCAGAAAGUUUUAUUUUCCCGGGAAAGUGGAGCGCGUUUCUUGCAGCUUCCUUGAGUUUUGGUUGCUUCUCUUUGAUGGGAUUCCUUUUUUUUUUUGUCCACUUUGGUCAUCAACUCCAGGUAUGUAAAAUCAUUGUUCCCUGCAAGUUAUCAAAACCCUUGUAUCUUUCUCAAAUCUGAAUCUUUUGCUUUUGUGAUCACCCUUCAUAUUUGUUGUGUUAACUUCCUCGAAGUCUAGUUUUCGUUGAAAAAAUCAUGGAAAUGUUGAUGAGAAAGUGGUGCUGUGAGUGCUGAAAUCCUACAAACUAAGGGUUAUUGGUUUCAAUUCCAUUUGAUGGUUAUGGUGAACAUGUCAUAUGGUUUCUUGAUUACUAUAGUUGUCCUUGUUGCUGCCCUUUUGGUUUUCGAAUCCGAGGGGCUUAACGAUGAGGGUCAAUAUCUUCUAAAAUUCAAGAGCGGAUUAGUUGAUAGGUUUGAUCAUCUUGGUAGUUGGAAUUCCAAUGAUUUCACACCUUGUGGAUGGAGAGGAGUGAAUUGCAGCAGUGGAUACAAUCCACUUGUGCUGUCUCUUGACUUGAGCUCAAUGAAUCUUUCGGGUUAUUUGUCUCCGAGCAUUGGCGGAUUGGUUCACCUGAACUAUCUUAAUCUUUCUUUCAAUGAACUGACUCGGAGUAUACCUGAAGACAUCGGAAAUUGUUCGAGUUUGGAGGUUCUAAAUUUGAAUGACAAUAACUUUAUAGGUCAAAUUCCUAAACCAAUAGCUACGCUUUCAAGUUUACGAGUACUGAAUCUCUGCAACAACAGAUUAUCAGGGCCUAUCCAUGAAGAAAUUGGAAAUCUUUCAUCCCUGUCCCAGUUGAUUGCCUACUCUAACAAUCUUAGCGGAAUUUUGCCGCGCUCUCUUGGAAAUCUCAAAAGAUUGAGGACUUUCCGGGCAGGGGAGAACUUAAUAUCCGGAAGCUUGCCUACAGAGAUAGGUGCAUGUGAGAGCUUGGAGGUUCUUGGUCUAGCGGAAAAUCAGUUAAGUGAAGAAAUGCCUAAGGAGCUCGGAAUGCUUGAGAAUUUGGGAGCUUUGUUUCUUUGGGGUAACCAGCUUUCCGGGGUUAUUCCAAAGGAGCUUGGUAACUGUACAAAUUUGGAAAUUCUUGCCCUGUAUGAGAACAAGCUUGUGGGAGAGAUUCCAAGGGAGCUCGGAAACAUUGCUCAUCUGGAGAAGUUGUAUCUUUACAGAAAUAUGUUGAAUGGGACAGUUCCAAGAGAGAUUGGCAAUCUUUCUCUAGUAACACAGAUUGAUCUUUCGGAGAACUUGUUAUCAGGAGAGAUACCGGUUGAGCUCAGUAAGAUAGCGGCAUUGCAAUUGCUUUAUCUUUUCAAGAACCAAUUCACAGGUGUUAUUCCAGAUGAGUUCACAAGCCUUACAAACCUGACUAAGUUCGACCUCUCUAUCAAUUUUCUCACCGGUUCAAUUCCUAUCGGAAUCCAGUACUUGACUGAACUGAUCAUGCUGCAAUUGUUCCACAAUUUGCUGAGUGGUGUAAUCCCUCAAGGCCUUGGAGUGUAUAGCGCGCUUUGGGUGGUUGACUUAUCCGAAAACUUCCUAACAGGGGGAGUUCCUCAUCAUCUCUGCAGAAAUUCUAACAUGAUUUUGUUAAAUUUGGGGUCUAACAGGCUCACUGGGAAUAUACCAAAUGGCAUCACAAGCUGCAAGUCAUUAGUGCAGCUUCGUCUAGUUGGAAACAACCUCACGGGUACUUUUCCAUCCGAAAUGUGCAAACUGGUUAACCUUUCUACAAUGGAGUUGGAUCAGAACAAGUUCAGGGGAGCCAUUCCUCCAGAAAUUGGCAACUGUAGAACUUUGCAAAGGCUUCACCUUUCGGGCAACUACUUCACAUCGGAGCUGCCUAGAGAGAUUGGUAGCCUCCCACAGUUGGUGACCUUUAAUGUCUCAUCCAAUUCUCUUUCUGGAAGGAUACCGCCUGAAAUUUUCAAUUGUAAAACACUUCAACGGCUUGAUCUUAGCAAUAACAACUUUUCAGAUGCAUUGCCAAGUGAGAUAGGAACACUUUCUCAGUUGGAGCUUCUCAAGCUUUCUGAAAACAAUCUUUCCGGAAACAUACCGGUUGCGCUGGGAAACCUUGUACGUUUGACUGAGCUACAAAUGGGUGGCAACUCAUUCUCUGGCGGCAUCCCAGCGGAGUUGGGUUCCCUUUCGAGCCUGCAGAUUGCAUUAAAUCUCAGUUUUAACAACCUUUCCGGGCAGAUACCUCCUCAGCUUGGCAAUCUUAUCUUACUGGAAUUCCUGCUACUCAAUAACAACAAUUUGACAGGUACAAUUCCAGGUGUUUUCAAGAAUCUUUUGAGUCUACUUGUCUGCAACCUGUCGUACAAUGCCUUGGUAGGGCCUAUUCCUCAUUUACCAUUCUUUCAGAAUAUGACCGUUGACAGCUUUGUUGGGAAUAAAGGACUCUGCGGCGGGCCUCUUGGUGAUUGCGCAACAUCACCAUAUUCACUCUCUUUUCCUCCGGAUAUGGCGAAGAAACGCCCCCACUUGGGUAAAAUCAUCGCUAUCAUCGCAGCAGCUAUUGGUGGUGUUUCUCUCAUUUUGAUUGCAAUCCUUGUAUAUGUCAUGAGACGUCCCACGAGCGUAGUUUCUUCAUUGCAGGAAAAAUCAUUCUCUUUGCCGGUUUUGGACAUCUAAUUUUGUCCGAAGGCUGCAGGGUUCACUUUCCAAGACUUGGUUGCGGCGACUGAAAAUAUUGAUGAGAGCUUUGCAAUUGGAAGAGGAGCUUGUGGAACCGUGUACAAAGCAGUCUUACCGACGGGUCAUACAGUUGCUGUUAAGAAGGUAGUAUCCAGCACGGAGGGGAACAAUGUGGAUAACAGUUUUCAUGCUGAAAUUCUAACUUUAGGAAAAAUCAGGCAUCGAAAUAUUGUAAAGCUAUGCGGUUUCUGCUACUACCAGGGUUGCAAUCUUCUGCUUUACGAGUACAUGGCGAGAGGCAGCUUGGGAAAAUUGCUUCAAGGAACAUCUUGUAGUCUUGAUUGGACAACGAGAUUCAUGAUUGCUCUUGGGGCUGCUCAGGGUCGCUCUUACAUGCAUCAUGAUUGCAAACCGAUAAUCUUUCACUGUGAUAUAAAGUCCAAUAACAUUCUUCUUGACGACAAGGUUGAAUCUCGUGUUGGGGAUUUCGGGUUGGCAAAGGUGAUUGACAUGCCACACUCUACGACUAUGCCUGUAGUUGCAGGUUCUUAUGGAUAUGUUGCUCCUGAUUAUGCAUACACUUUGAAAGUCACAGAAAAAUGUGACAUCUACAGCUUCGGAGUAGUCCUUCUGGAGUUGCUGACCGGCAGAACGCCUGUACAAUCGAUAGAGGAAGGCGGUGACCUGGUAACAUGGGUAAGAAACUAUUUUCUGCACCAUUCGUUGUCUUCAGGAGUACUCGAUGCUCGAUUAGAUUUACAAGAUGAAGCUACUGUCUCUCACAUGAUUACUGUCUUGAAAAUUGCUUUGACGUGCACAAGUAUGUCCCCUUUCGACCGCCCGACCAUGAGAGAAGUUGUUUCCAUGCUCAUUGGGUCAAAUGAGAGGAGAAAGGACACACUUUGAAAGUGAUUCAUUAAAUCAUGAUACCAAUUCCAUAGACAUACUGAACCUUGAUUCUAAACAAAUACAAUAAAAUUCUCCCUGUACAUGUACCCUAUGACUUCUCCAUCCAUUUGACAGGGAUAACACGUUCCGUUUUUCAUACGGUAAGCAGUAUAUAUGUGUUUAGGGCCGUCUCUGACAUUUUGGUGGCCUUGUGCGAAUUUAAUAAAAAAGUCCUCCUUAUUAAAAAAAAAAAUGUUGUUGGACAAUAUAUCUAUACAAAGCUCAACAAUCAAUAUUCAAACU